CUUUACAGUUAAGAUACUAGAACUGUCUUAAAAUGAGGGUGAUCAACUGUUGAUUAUUUUUAGCAUUGCUGUUUUAUAAUGUAUGCACUUUGAUGCUGUUCCUCAGAUCUCUAACCAUUUCUUGUACUCAUUGGGCUUUGCCUGAUAUUGUGUUGAAUUUGCAUUGUGGGCAUGUGAUUUUUGCCUUUUUGUAGUUUUACAAAUUUUGUGUAAUCUACCUCAAAUGAGUAAUUUUCCAGUACUGCAUUGGUUUCCUAUGCUGGCAAUUCUUGUUCAGUAACUUAAGGACUAUCUUGUCUCUCAAUUCAGAGAGUAAUUAUCCAGGUUAGAUUGACCGGUUUCACUGCUUCUUAGCAACCUCAUGGAAGGAUUUGAGAAAGAAAAUGUAAAACAGUGCACCUGGUGUGUGCCUACUGUUGAGGAGCCCUGACAAGUUUAGACUAGCCGAGCUUGCAACUGAAUCACAGAAGCCUCUUUAGUAUUCAGGUUUUAAACUGGUAUUUGCCACAGGACCUCAGGCACAGGUUACAGAGAAUGGAAGAGUGUGGACAAAUGUCGGAAAAGAGGAACGGAGCACCCUUUUCUGCAGUGUGAGUGUGCACCGUUGGUAACGGCACCUGAUGGACGCCAUGAUGUUCAUCAAUAAAGAAGUGUUGUCAAAUAAUUUAUGACAGGUAAUUGAUAGUGUGUAAUGAAUGGAUGCUUAAUAAUUGAUACCAAGAGCAGACCGCCUUUGUCAGCUAAGCUUUGGAUGUUUUUGUGAGCAGUGUGUUUUGUGUGUUAUUUUUCUACCAAAUGGCAUCAUGGAUAAUGAGAAAAUGGGGGAAGUGCCUGGGCCAAAAACAGACAGAGUGAGCGUGGCCGUGCGGGUGCGGCCUUUCAGCCAGAGAGAAAAGAACUCUGGAAGCCAAUGUGUGAUUUCCAUGCAUUCCCGGAGCAUCACCAUCCGAGACCCUAAGAACGAAGCGCGUGUGAAGACCUUUACCUUUGACCUGACAUACUGGUCUCACGAUGGAUUUCAAAAGGAUGAAGAUGGUGCCCUUAUUCCAGCUGAUCCAACUAGUAAAUUCGCAGGCCAGGGCGAGGUCUUCCGUGAUAUCGGAAGGGGAAUUCUAGACAGUGCCUGGCGAGGCUACAAUGCUUCUCUUCUGGCCUAUGGCCAGACCGGCUCUGGAAAAAGCUACUCCAUGAUUGGCUUUGGCACAAACAAAGGUAUUAUUCCAAGAGUGUGUGAAGAGCUCUUCAAAGCUAUUGGGAAGCAAAAGGAAAAUCUAGAACCCCAGGUCAUGUUUAGCAUGCUGGAAAUCUACAAUGAACAGGUCAGAGAUUUGCUGUCUAGAACCAAAAUUCCCGGAGGGUUAAGAGUCAGGGAGGAUCCGCAGCUGGGGUUUUUUGUGGAAGGUCUGAAGUGGGUGCCUUGUGAGGAUUACGCACAAAUUGAGAAGCUGGUGGAGCAAGGGUCAAAACUCAGGAUGACAGCGUCCACCAGCAUGAACGCCAGCAGCAGCCGAUCCCACAUGCUAAUCGCCAUCCAGUUCCGGCAGGUUUUCCUGGACACGGCCCUCACCAAAAAAUCCAGCAUCAACAUGGUGGACUUGGCAGGAAGCGAGAGGCAGAGAGCAUCAGGGUCUGAAGGAGACCGUCUGAGGGAAGGAUCGAGGGUCAACUUGAGCCUAACCAGCUUAGGCAACGUCAUCAGUGCUCUGGCCGACUCAGCCAUGGGGAAGAAAGUUCUGCACAUUCCCUACAGGGAUUCUGUUCUGACCAAACUGCUCCAGUCAGCCCUAGGCGGGAACAGCCGGACAACACUGAUUGCUACCCUAAGUCCAGCUGACAUCUGCUACGAGGAGACCUUGUCAACCCUGAGAUAUGCCGAGAGGGCUAAGAAGGUUCGGAACAGAGCUGUGAUCAACACCUGUCCGCUGGUGGGAGCCUCCAGGGCCGAGAAUGCGCUGCUGCUUGGACUCGGGGGCGCUGGAGCAGCAGAGCACUCUGCCUGUUUCUGGGCAGAACAGCAGCUGGGAGCUCGGGGGACCUGGGCUCAGCUGCUGGAGCAGGCGCGGAGGGAGUGGGAGCAACAGAACGCGGCCCUCACACAGGAGCAGCAGAUGGUAAAGAUUCUCCCGCACCUCCUCAAUGUCAAUGAAGACCCACAGCUCACAGGGGUCCUCAAGUUCUUCAUUCCCAAUGGUUCCUGUGACGUUGGUCGGGCUGCUUCAAACGCCAUCUGUCUGCAAGGCCUGGGAAUUUCAGAUAAACAUGCUUCCUUCAUGAAUUUGGAUGGUAAAGUGACGGUGGCUCCACAUAGCAAGUGCAAAGUCACGGUUAAUGGGGUCCCUGUCACCAUCAGGACAAAGCUGCAGCAUUUGGACCGCGUCAUCUUGGGAUCCAACAGUGCCUUCCUCUACAUCGGGUUCCCCUCCGAGAGAGGCACCGAGGACCUGAGCAGAUUCGACUACGACUUCUUCCAGCUGGAGCGGGCUGCGGCCGAGGGAGUGAGUGUGGACAUGCUUGGUUCUGCGAACCCUGGAGAUGACCAACCUGACCCCAGCAUCUUAGCUGUGUUCCAGGACUACAUCAAACUCAUGCCGCUGGUUGUGGAGGCAAAUCAGAUGAGUGAAGAGUUAAGAAAGGGGCUUAAAAUGGAAUUGAAGGUGAAGAAUUUAGCAUCGUCAGAUUCCAGGGGCUAUGACCUCCAGAAAGAGAUCAUGGUGAAGGUGACCAAACAAGGGACUCACCAGGUAUGGAUUUGGUCAAAAGCCAAGUUUAUCAAUAGGAAAUUCCUGAUGGAGGAGCUUUACCAGCGUUUUCUAGAGAGCAAAGGCAGCCACGUGGCUCCGGAGGACGACCCUUUCUGGGAUCCCGUGGAGGUUGUUCACCUGGGCUCGGCACAUGUCUGGCUGCAGUCCCUGGCUCACUGCUUGACGCUGGAGGAGCAGGUGGACUUUCUGAACUGCGACGGGCUGGAGGAGGCGGUGCUGCACAUUCAAAUUACCCCCUGCUCCCCAGAAGGACGGGCACGUGGUGAGGAAGACAUGCUUACUGACCCUCUGGAGCUGCUGGGCAAGAGGACUGACUUCCAGAUUCACAUUGUCCAGUGCCUUGGUGUCAAAUGGCUAAAGGAAGAUGCAAGGCGGGGCAUUCAGAUGGGGUACAAGAUUUAUGAUCUUCCAAAUACUUUGUAUACCAAACCUGUGUGGAAAAGUGUGAAUCCCAGAAUUGAAGAGACCGUCCACUUUACAGCCUUGGGUGUGUCUCGAGAGUUUCUGAAUUACUUACUGACGAAUGCCCUCAUUGUCGAUUUGUGGGGCCUCCAAGAAGGCUGUGCCCACCUGGGCGUGGGCAUCUCUCAGCUGGAUGUCUUGCUCACAGGUGAAGGCCACAUCAUGGUAGACACCAAGACACUUUCCAGCGUGAAGGAUGUGAGUCAGAUCACGUCAAACCAGGUGCCAGAACUUUAUCAGAAGCUGCUCAAGUUAGAGCAGGAGACGGAGCUGCUGAGAGACGUUAACAGGGCCCUCCGAAGAGAAAACGUGUUUCUCAAGGCAUCACUGGAAAAUGCUGGUUCUGCUCCACAGGCCCAGAAGCCAGAUAAUCCAGAAAGCACCACAAUGACAGCUGCUAUGACAGAGGCUCACCAAAUGCGCGCUCAGCGAGCUGGCUCCGACGCACAGCUGGCCAGAGCUCUGAAGGUGUUCUAUCGAGGCAUGAGCAUGGCCAGAGGACAGCUCCUCAGACUGAGGCGAUGCAGACCUCCCGAAGAUGAUCAAAUGCUUCGGCCUUUUGUGCACCAGCAGUCACAGAUGCUAAAGGAUUUGGAAGAGCUGCUUGAAUCCAGUUUACAGAAGUUAAAAACUGAUGUUGCCUUCAUAGUGAAGAAGAAGAAAGAGCAUCUCCUGCCCAGCCAGCAGUGAAAGGGAGCCAGGUGAACUCUGCAAACGUGACUUAACCAGCUUCAUAGACACAAGUACCCUUGCCUUUCCCCCAACCAGAACCUGCUGUGUGGGACAGAACUGCCUCAUCUUGCCUCUGCACCUCCAGCCCCAGUACAGGGAUCACAGACCUGUGCCACCACCACACUGGGACUUAACUGGAUUUAAAAAUCCUGUAAAAAUUGCCAGGUGGUAGUGACAUGUCUUUAGUCCCAGCACUUGGGAGGCAGAGGCAGGCAGAUCUCUGUGUAUUACAUGCCAGUAUGAUCGACAGAGUGAGUUCUAGGACAGCCAGGGCUACAUAGAGAAACCCUCUCUU